UAAUACACAAAAAUCUGUUUUGUCAUUAGGCUCAACUUCGAAGUUUGAUUCUUUGACCUUUUUGGAACUCUAUAAAUAACAACUAACUGAAACACAACUCCACCAAAAAAAUAUCAAUCUUUCUCUACUUUCAUAAAACAGAGUUGUCUUGUGAAAUUCUAUAAAUCUCAUUGCUUUUUUAGACAUGGCUAUUCGAUUGUCGCGUGUUAUCAACUCUAAACAGUCGCAAAAACAGCAGUCUCGUGUCCCAAAAGGACAUGUUGCCGUUUACGUCGGAGAAGAGAUGGAGAACAAGAAGAGAUUCGUGGUUCCGAUCUCGUAUUUGAACCAUCCUUCGUUUCAGGGUUUGCUUAGUCGAGCAGAGGAAGAGUUUGGCUUCAACCAUCCAAUUGGUGGAUUAACGAUUCCUUGCAGAGAAGAAAUAUUCGUGGGUCUUUUGAAUUCUUAUGGUUGUAUUGUUUCAACCUAAAACAUCUUUUAACGUUUUUUUUCUUUCCAUUUAUAGAAUUUUUGUUGUUGUUCCCUUUGUUUAUUUCUGCAAAAGGGAACAUGUUGAAUCAGCCUGUGAAUAUGUUGUAUAACCAGUCAAGUCAGGUUAUACUAUUAUGUACUUCCACAAAACAUUGAUCAAGAAAGAUUUUUAUGUU